AUGAGAAGGCUUCAUUAUAGCCUACUGCCUCAGGAGGGCCCCAGAGUUCAUUGGUUAAGGCCACUCCCCGAGCAUUCUGACAGGAAGACAACUCCUGGUUUUAUAAGCAAAAGUGAAAGCAACAGCUCAGAUCGCUUUAGCAGCCCACUGGAGAAGACUUUUUCUACUUCUCUGGGAGAAGUCCUGCUACCUCACCACUGUUCAAAGAUGGGAUCUAGCUCAAGUAAACCUGCCAGUACAAUCCCUGGUGACAGUGUGAAUUAUAAGCCUGAUAAUGCCCUGAGGAUUGUCCUGGUUGGGAGAACUGGAAGUGGGAAAAGUGCAACAGGGAAUACCAUCCUCGGGGAAAGGCACUUUGUAUCUGCAAUUUCACCGUCUUCAGUGACCCAACUAUGUGAAAGGAGAAUCAAGAAACGGGAGUCCAAGGAAGACCUUGUGGUUGUGGAUACACCUGGGCUGUUUGACACAAAGGAAAGCCUGUGGACCACCUGUGAGGAGAUCAGUCGCUGUGUUAUCCUUUCUUCCCCAGGGCCACAUGCCAUCAUUCUGGUUCUGAAGGUAGGGCGCUACACAGAUGAAGAGCUGCAAACUGUCUGCCGGAUCAAGGGGCUCUUUGGGCCCGAUGUCACAAAGUACAUGGUCAUCUUGUUUACUCGAAAAGACGAUCUGUAUGAUGUGACGCUGGACAAGUUUUUGGAAUGCUCUAACACGAAUCUCAAAAUGCUCCUUAACGAGUGUAAAGGGAGAUCCUGUGCAUUCAAUAACAGGGCCACAGGCACUGAAAAAGAAGCCCAAGUGGCAGAGCUGCUGAAUAUAGUCGAAAAAAUGAGACAAGAUAAUAAUGGGGCAUAUUUUUCACAUGACAUUUAUAAGAAAACUGAAGAAAAACUGAAUAAAACAACAGAACACCUGGAGACAAUGUACACUCAGCUUUUCGAUAAUGACAUGUGUGAUGUGGAAGAAGAAUAUGCUAAGAAAAAAAACUCCACUGAUGAGGACAAAACCAAAAAAGAGUCUAGAAUAAGAGAGGUAAUUCAAAAAUAUGAGGAAAGUAUGAAAAACAUCAGAGCAAAGGCAGAGCAAGAGACAAAUAUGCUGAGAGAUGUGACAAAACUAAUUAGAGACUCUUAUUAAUAUUUCAAAUUGGUUCCAAAAGCUCAGGCAGGAUCUUUAAAGAAAAUGAAUAUACUUUCUUUGUUCAUAGCUGUCCCUAAUCUCAUGCAAACUGUAUCUAUAUAUAGAAUUCCCUUCUCUUCAUAUCACUCAAAGAGAAGAGUUUUUUCAAGCCAUGAUACACUAGAUGCAGAAAGAUGGAGCUCUAUCCAGUGCUGUGCCACAUUAUAGCUCCCAGAUGCAACUCCCCUCUUCUUUUAUCUGAGCCUUUACUAGCCACGUUUCUAGAGACCUGGUCCCCAAGUGCAAAGUCUGGUGGUUAACCACCUCAAAUCCUCCAUGUAAGUGGAUAGGUAAUAAAUCACAACUAGAUGGAAAUGUUUAAGUCAAUAAAAGAGAGUCAGAGGCUCUCUGGGCAUGGCAGCAAAGUCUGAGGUCUGAGAAGGACCAGAAAUUAGUGGAUGAUAUUCUCAUUUAUUUCCUGGGUUUUAUGCUUAUUUCAUCAAAUUGUUUCAAAGCUUCUUUAUUCCUGACUCUCUAGACUCUUACUCUUUUUCCCAGAGUCUAUAGAAGUCUUCCUUGUCUGUGAUUAAUUCUUUGUCUCCUUUGUAUAUUUUAAAAUAAUUUUUUCCUGCUUCCUAAACACCCAGUCCCACUUUUCACUUUCAUCAUGUCUACUGCUUUGCCCCAUGUGGAAUGUAAGCUCCUGGGAAGUAUGGAUUGUUUGCUUCAUUGUACUUGUAUCUCCAGUGCCAGCAGUAUCUGGCGUGUGCUUUGGUUGUUGUUUAGUCAUUUUCAAUUGUGCCCAACUCUUUGUGAGCCCAUUUGAGGUUUUAG